AUGCAGCAUUUCAAAUGGAAAAGUUACUUCAUCUUCAAGGACUCAGUGGUCUUUGAAGAUGUGGCUGUGGACUUCACCCUGGAGGAGUGGGCUUUGCUGGAUUCUGCUCAGAGGAACCUCUACAGAGAUGUGAUGCUGGAGACCUUCCGGAACCUGGCCUCAGUAAAUGAUGAGACUCAAUUUAAAGCCAAUGGGUCAGUUUCUCAGCAGGAUAUGCACGGGCAAGAAAAAUCUAAGGAACAGACAAUACCAAACUUCACAGGAAAUAAUUCCUGUGCCUACACUUUAGAAAAAAAUUGUGAAGGCUAUGGCACUAAAGACCACCACAAAAAUCUGAGAAAUCAUAUGGUGGACAGAUUCUGUAAAAAUAAUGAAGGUAAUCAAUAUGAAGAAGCCAUCCAUCAAAUGCCAAAUCUUACCCUGUACAAGGAAAUUUCUGAUGGAGAAAAACCAUAUGAAUGCACCAAGUGUGGAACAGUCUUCACACAUCUUUCUUCUCUGAAAAGGCACGUCAAGUCUCACUGUGGACGAACAGCGCCUCCGUGUGAGGAAUGUAAGCAGGCCUGCAUUUGUCCCUCACACCUACACAGUCAUGGAAGAACCAACACUGAGGAGAAGCCGUAUAAGUGUCAAGCAUGCAGGCAAACUUUCCAACAUCCCCAUUCCCUCUCUCACCACGUCAAGACUCACACAGCAGAGAAAACCUAUAAAUGGGAGCAGUGUCGGAUGGCAUUUAAUGGGUUCGCAAGCUUCACAAGACAUGUGAGAACUCACACAAAAGACAGGCCAUAUAAAUGUCAGGAAUGUGGGAGAGCCUUCAUUUAUCCCUCGACAUUGCAAAGACACAUGACAACACACACUGGAGAGAAGCCCUAUAAAUGUCAACACUGUGGGAAAGCCUUCACUUACCCCCAGGCUUUUCAAAGACAUGAGAAGACGCACAUGGGAGAGAAGCCCUAUGAAUGCAAGCAGUGUGGGAAAACAUUCAGUUGGUCUGAAACCUUGCGAGUCCACAUGAGGAUCCACACUGGGGAGAAACUCUAUAAAUGUGAAAACUAUGGGAAGGCUUUUACCUCUUCCAGAUCAUUCCAAGGUCAUUUGAGGACGCACACUGGAGAGAAACCUUAUGAGUGUAAACAAUGUGGAAAAGCCUUCACUUGGUCCUCAACAUUUAGAGAACAUGUGAGAAUUCACACGCAAGAGCAGCUCUACAAAUGUGAACAAUGUGGAAAAGCUUUCACUUGGUCCUCAACCUUACAUAAUCAUGUGAGGAUGCACACUGGAGAGAAACCUCACAAAUGUAAACAAUGUGGGAUGCCCUUCAAGUGGCCCUCCUCCUUCCGGAACCAUCUGAGGAUGCACACAGGACAGAAAUCCCACGAAUGUCAGUCACACUCAAAAGCCUUCAGUUGCCAAGUCAUUCUUUCUAAAACCAGUGAGAGCACACACUAA